UCAGUAAUCGAUCAAUCUAGCCGCUCUCGCUUUUCAAAUUCAAGUGUUAGGAGGAUCUGACUCUAGGGCUUCUCUCCUCUAUACGCCCCUCCAAUACUCUCGAGCGGUUCUGAAAUGGAGCCCGUGGCUCUGGCGGUGGACAAAUUGAAAGCUUUUGUGAAAUCCAGCCAGGACUUCGUCGACGGCUUCAUUCAUCGCCGCGACAAUCCAGCUCGCCGCAAUCCGAUUGAAAUUCUGAGGCGGUUGCAACGAGAAGCAUUUACAGAUCUGAUGAAACUCAGGGACAGACAAGACAAGGUUGAGAGAAUUCUUUCUUUCUAUAAAACAUCCAAGGGAAGUCCAUUCCAAGAAGCCAGUACCCAUGUAAGAGGAGAGUUUGAUCUCUUGGGGGCUUUCUUGGUGAUGGAUAAUGUUGAUAAGCAGAACUGUGAUGCCCUUUCCAGAGCAGGAAUCACAACUGGAAUUGAUUCGAGGUUCACUUUUGAAACCACAAUUAGUCAGGGAGAGAGUCUUACUGCAGAAUUUGUAGCCAGUCAAAAAGGAAACAGAUAUCUUGAUGAGGUUCCAGGACAAUCACUUUCUCUAGAAAAAGUGUCAUAUAGGGUAAAUGCCUGUGACUGGUUAUCUUUGGUUGCAAUUCCAGUUGGAGCUCAAUCCAGGGAUGUUGCAAUCACUUCAGUUUCUUCCCAUCAGGCAAAGGGCCUUACCAAAUUAUCAUCACUUGGACCUCCCCUUUUAAAUCAGCAUAAAGGCAGUGGCAUUGGCUUAUCAGUGAGAAAAUCAAAUGUCAUUGCUUCAUUGGCUCAAUUCAUUUCUGGGUUGGGUAUGCAACCGGAUGCUGAUAGUGUGGGGCAUUGCUUCAGCACAUUCGGGCAAGUUGUAUGUCAACUUCCCCGAGGGAUAAAACUCUCACUGUUGGGUCUUCAUCAAGUGCCUAAAUCAUUGAGCCAACAUGUUAGUCUUGGGCCCCUUACUAUUCCUGUCGUCCUUUCGAGACAUCCUACGGCUUCUGAGACAGUGAUUGAAGCAUCUACCUCAUCCAUCAGAGCGAGCACCCCAGAAAAUUUCUCCUCGGGAUCUGUUGCCUUAAUGCUGGAGUCGGAACUUGACGAGGUUACAAGAAUUGGAGGUUGGGUUGAAAUGCAUAGAUCAAAUCCUAAAUGUUUACAUUGGGCUGUGUCUAUGUCCGAUGAUUCUGAAGACUCUUUUGGGUGGGGAUUGAGUUUAAGUGGAAUGCUUGGAGGUCCAACAAGCGAGAAGCAUUUCCAGGCUGAAUCCUAUUUAAAACUAAAUUUAGGCAAGCGGUUCAGCUUGAAACCAGGUCUAGCAUAUAUUGCGGCUGGAAAUGCUAAAAUGCCUGCUCUCAUUCUUCGGUCUAAUUGGUCCUUGUGAAUUCUGAUUACCAUUUUCAGCAUGGUUAUCAUUUUCUCUAUUUUGUGAAA